ACCUUCCUUCCGUAUCUAUGAUGAAAUGUUAGUAAGGGAACCUUAAUUCUUUUAAUGUGUGUCACCCAUAAAUGACGCGUCUUUAUUGUUUCUCCUUUAUUUCAUCUCGCUUUUUCAAAUAUUGAUCAUGACAGCCAUCAAAGGUGUCCUUAUUGAUUUAAGUGGUACGGUCCAUAUUGACAGCAAAGUCAUUCCAGGCGCCAUUGACGCCAUUCGACGAUUGAGAGCAAGCCGAAUUCCAUUCAAAUUCGCCACAAAUACUACCAAAGUAUCCUCCAGUAAAUUAGUACGAAAAUUGAUCCAUUUAGGCUUUGAAGUAGACGCAAAAGAUGUUUUCACGUCGUUAUCUGCUUGUAAAGACAUGAUUCAGACGAGACAAUUAAGACCUCUGUUGUUAAUGGAGGACGCCGCUUUGGAAGAGUUCAAAGAAAUAGAGACGUCAGACCCAAAUGCAGUCGUUAUUGGUUUGGCACCUUCCAAAUUCAACUACGAAAAUUUGAACGAAGCUUUCCGUUUGCUAUCAUCUGACGCAAACGUACCAUUGAUCGCCGUGCAUAAGGCAAAAUAUUUUGCUGACAAUGACGAAAAGUUGUCUCUGGGGCCUGGUGGUUUUGUUCAGGCAUUGGAAUAUGCUACAGGUACGACAGCUACGGUUGCAGGAAAGCCCACCAAAGACUUUUUCAGGCUUGCUUUAAAACAAAUUCAUAUGGAAGACAAGCCUGAACAAGUGGCGAUGAUAGGUGACGAUGUACAAAAUGAUUUAGGAGAAGGCGCAGAACAGUUGGGCAUGCAGAGAUUCUUGGUAAAAACCGGUAAAUAUCGUGAAAAUGACGAGAAAAAGAACCCAGGUGUAAAGGUCUUUUCAUCGGUCGUUGAAGCAAUAGACUAUAUACUUGAACAGCAAGACAGCUAAGUGCCUGUCAUAAACACUGAAUAGGAGUAACACAAAAAACGUGUUGUUUGUCAUGUCUAGUGCAGGAUCUUUUUUUCCAUCGUUCUCAAAAUAAAUUUUUACUUUUCCCUCUUCACCUGAGCUUAACAACCGCUUCGGUUGAAUUCAUAAAUAAUUUCCAAUCUAUCGACAGCA